AUGUUGACAACUUUAUCUACUGAUCAUCGUACAGUCUACGUCUGCAUUCUACGCAUACACGGUCCGAAGCAUCUGCAAGACGACUUUCGCAGUCUCCCGCGCGGCGCGUUCCAGUCCCGUUCCGCCUGGCUGAGUUCGGAAGCGACCAGUUGGCGCUCGUCGCUCUGUACGGGCCGCGGCUCUCAUAUCCAGUCGUGUCAUCUCCCAAAUGCUCGGUUCAGCGCUAAAUGCAGUAGCUGCUCAUUCUUCGACGAGGCGCCGUCUUGA